CUUAGCCCCUUGGGUCUGAUAAGGGGCCCUAGGGUAAUCCCAUUUAUGGUCUGAUUGCUCCUUUGCAACUGCUAUCCCCAAGGACACCCAGGAAGAGGCCCCACAAGGCCUUGCACAAGGAAUCAGUACCUGGUCCCCUGUGGCCAGGCGAGGCCUGAGAUACACAGGUGCCCCUUCCCAGAGCUUAGCCCAAGGUUCCUGGCAGGGGAGCUCCAGUGGCCACUGUCCUGGCCAGCUAACAUUGGCUAUCACAGGCCCUUGGGACCACCUUGGAGACUUCUCGUGUGGCCAGAGCAACUGCCAGCCAAGGACACAGAUGGUGUGACCCACAGCCUUUGCUUUCGGGGUUGAGUUCUGUGGCCACACACGGACCACUGCUGGGUCCCAUUCACUCUGACAAGGCCAGGGCUUCCAGCUUUUAGAGCCCCCUCUCCUGGACACUCUCACACCCUCAGGACCUUGGCCCCUGCCCUGGGGCCCCCAGGCACAGUAGAACAUAGUAUGCAGUGACAGUGGGUGCUGGGGGAAGCCAGGGCUAAAGCUGGCAGGUCCCACGGCUAGACCCUCCAGGCCACCUCUCCAGGCAGGCCCUUUGCAGACACUACAGACCAGCAACCUGAGGUCACACAGCAGGAGGUCAGGCAGAACCAUGCUCCUCCACAGUCCUGGUAUCCCUCCUGCCCCAACUGUGAGUCUUCUCCUAGAGAACCAGAAGUUCCUGGGCUUCCAGGAGCCCUGUCCCUAUUACAGACCACCCAGCCUAUGGCUGCUCAGGACAGUCUGAAGGGUUUUGUUUUUUGUUUUAUUUUGAGAUAGGUCUCCUCCAUAUGUUACCCAGGCCAGCCUCCUGACUCAGCCUCCCAAGCAGCAGGGUUACAGGCGUGCACCACUGCACCUGGCUCAGGGCAGUUUUGAAGGAUGAGUAAAUGAAGGGGUGGGGAUUCAUAGCCUGAGCUACAUGUGGGGCAGGAGGGAGAACAUUACACCCUCAUACUGGGCUUGUACUGUCCCCAAGGUGGAGAACACAAAGGUAGAUUCUGGGGUACACAUGCUGGAAUCCUAUAUGCAGCUAUUGGGGUGGGCUCCCUUGACCUUGACCUGUACCAAGGUGGGGCCAGAGGCCCCAUGAGAGAAGCCACAGUGAUUUCUGCCACCCCAACACUGCUGUACAGAGCCCUGCUGGUGGGAUCCCCCACCCCACCUCAGAAAGAGCCUCUGCUAGGGAAGGCUGAGCAGGUGCCCAGGAUGGCCUGACCUUUGGUCACAAAGAGCCAGGCAAGUGAGAUCCAACCCUGGGUCGGGGGCCAGGGGCCCUCCUGAGGACACUUUUACAGCUAGAUGCUUGGCCCAUCACUGUUGAGUGGGGCCCUCCCAAGGGGCCAGAGGCACAAAAGGGACUAGGCCCCUUGGUUGGAGCCAAGUCAGCCUGUGGGGCUGCUAAAGACUGAUAACUGGACAGAGUCCUCACCAGGCGGCUCAGCCUCACUCCCUCCAGCCUGGCCAUGCGACCUCCGGGCCCCCUCCUGCCUGCCCUGGUCCUGCUUGUGGGUGAGUCAGCUGGUCUUACUGAGCUUGCUGCCUGGGUGCUGGGGACAGGUGCUAUGCCAGUGCUGACACCAGAGUCCCUAGAGAAGGACGGCAGCCUGCCAAGGAACAAGCCUCUCUGCCCGAAGGAGAGGCCCUGGGGCAAUCACGGUGUAUCUUCCCAGCUCUCUCUCUGCCACCUUGGAUGGCAAGGUUUGUGGGGGACACUGGGUCACCCAAUGCUGUGUCUCCUUGGGGGACAUCCUCCUGGGAGCCCUUUUAGUUCUCUCCCGAGUGAUGUGGGCUCCUGUACCUUCCUCAAGGGUGCCCCCCCUUUUUUUUUAAAUUUAUUUUAGUUGUCAAUGGACCUUUAUUUUACUCAUUUAUAUGAGGUGCUAAGAAUUGAACCCAGUGCCUCACACAUGCCAGGCAAGUGCUCUGCCACUGAACCACAACCUCAGCCCAGGGGGUAUCCCUCUUUGAAGGCCCCAUUUCCUGUGUACACCCACCUCUGCUCUGCAGUCUCUGCUUGGCCAGCGGGGCUGGGAACAUGGGGAAGUGCUCUGUUUGCUCCUGACAGUUUUCUGUGGGUCCCAGGUUCUUUCCUGCCUGACCCUGUGAGUCUGAGCCCCGAAUUUGGGUGCCCAGUGUCCUGUACUGCUCAGGUGCAUGGAACUUCCAGUGCUAAAAUCAGUCCUGGGCAAAGUGGGAUGGCCAGUUACCCUGCCCAGACCCACGUGGCUGUCAUUCUGCCAGCAGCAUGGUCCCCAGGCCGGGCCUGGCUACUUGACUACUGCAAGAGCCCCAGCAAGGCCACAUGCAACUUUGUGUGCGACUGCAGGGACUGCUCAGACGAGGCCCAGUGCGGGCACCAUGGGGCCUUGCCUAUCCCGGGCACCCCCUUCACCUGCGGCUUUGAGCAGGAUACCUGUGGCUGGCAGGAUAUCAGCACCUCGGGCUACAGCUGGCUCCGAGACCGAGCAGGGGCUAUGCUGGAGGGUCCCGGGCCUCACUCCGACCACACACUUGGCACUGACCUGGGCUGGUACAUGGCUGUGGGAACACACCGUGGGAAGGAGGCAUCCAUUGCAGCCCUGCGCUCCCCUGUCCUGCAAGAGGCAGCCCCCACCUGUGAGCUGAGACUCUGGUACCAUGCAGCGUCUGGAGAUGUGGCUGAGCUGCGGCUGGAGCUGACCCAUGGUACAGAGACGCUGACACUGUGGAAGAGUGCAGGACCCUGGGGCCCCAGCUGGCAGGAGCUGGUGGUGACCACUGGCCGUAUCCAGGGUGACUUCCAAGUGACCUUCUCUGCUACCCGAAAUGUCACGCACAAGGGAGCUGUGGCUGUGGAUGAUGUGGAGUUCUGGGGCUGUGGGCUGCCUGCCCCCCAGGCCAGCUGUCCCCUGGGACACCAUCAGUGCCAGAACAAGGCCUGCAUAGAGCCACACCAGCUGUGUGACAGGGAGGACAACUGUGGGGAUGGCUCCGACGAAGACCUGCUUACCUGCAGCCACCACAUGGCUACUGACUUUGAGUCAGGCCUGGGUUCAUGGAACCACUCAGAAGGCUGGACCCGGAACCACAGUGCUGGUGGCCCUGAGGACCUUGCUUGGCCAAACCGAGAUCACAGCUGGAACAGUGCACAGGGCAUGUUCCUAGUCUCCAUGGCCAAGUCUGGCACCCCUGCUGUCCUCUCCAGCCCUGAGUUCCAAGCCUCAGGCUCCCACAACUGCUCGCUCAUCUUCUACUACUACUUGCAUGGGUCCGAGGUCGGCUGCCUCCAGCUGCUCCUGCAGAUGCAGGGGCCUAGUGCCCCCCAGGACCCUGUCCUCCUGCGGAAGCGCUGUGGGGAGCUGGGAGCAGCGUGGGUACGAGACCGGGUUGACAUCAGGAGUGCCCAUCCCUUCCAGAUCCUCCUGGCUGGGGAAACGGGUCCAGGAGGCGUGGUGGGUCUGGAUGACCUCAUCCUGUCGGACCACUGCAGAACAGCUCCAGGGAGGUCUGACCUACAGUCACUGCCUACGGGACCUUGGGUCCAGGCCCUCCGGCCCCAGCCGUCCAGUUUCCAUCCCCAGGAGGUCUGUGAGCUGGGAUAUCUCUCUUGUGGGGACCUGUGUGUGCCCCCAGAGCAGCUGUGUGACUUCCAGGAACAAUGCCCAGAGGGCGAGGACGAGCAGGAGUGUGGCACCACGGACUUUGAGGCUGCCACGGCCGGGGGCUGGGAGGAUGCCAGCGUGGGGCAGCUGCAGUGGCAGCGGGUUGCAGCCCAGGAAAGCAGGGGGCCUGGCAGGGAUGCUCGCGGGGCUGCUGCUGGGCACUUCCUGUCUCUACAGAAGGCCUGGGGGCAGCUGAGGCCUGAGGCCCGGGCCCUCACAUCCCCCCUGGGCCCCUCAGGCCCCAACUGUGAACUCCACAUGGCUUACUAUUUCCACAGUGACCCCCAAGGCUUCCUGGCACUGGUGGUGUUGCAGGGCAGCUCCCGGGAGCUGGUGUGGCAGGCCCCAAGCAGCAGCACAGGAGACUGGACGGUGGACAAGGUCCUUCUUGGAGCACGCCACCGGCCAUUCCGGCUGGAGUUUGUCAGUCUAGUGGACUGGGACAGCCCUGGCCAGCAGGGGGCCGGGGUGGACAACGUGACAAUGAGGGACUGCAGCCCCACUGCAACCACCGAGAAAGACCAAGAGGUUUCCUGUAACUUUGAGCGGAAUACCUGCGGCUGGCACAUGGGCCACUUCACAGAUGCCCACUGGCGUCGGAUACAGAGCCAUGGCCCUGGGUAUGACCACACCACUGGCCAAGGUUUUUUCAUGCUCCUGGACCCCACAAACCCCCCUGCCCGUGGCCGUGGUGCCCACUUGCUCACAGGGCCCCAGACCCCAGCAACCCCCAAGGAGUGUCUCAGCUUCUGGUAUCACCUGUAUGGACCCCAAAUUGGGACCUUGCGCCUAAUCAUGAGGAGGGACGGGGGGGAGGACACGCUGCUAUGGUCGCGGUCAGGCACCCAUGGCAACCGCUGGCACCAGGCUUGGGCCACCCUCCAUCACCAGCUAGAGCCUAGCACCAAGUACCAGCUGCUGUUUGAGGGCCUCCGGGAUGGGUACCAUGGCACCAUGGGGCUGGACGACGUGGCUGUGCGGCCCGGGCCCUGCUGGGCCCCCAGGCACUGCUCCUUUGAGGACUCUGCCUGCGGCUUCUCCACUGGAGGGCAGGGCCUGUGGAAGCGCCAAGCCAACGCCUCAGGCCACGCCCUCUGGGGCCCCCAGACAGACCAUACCACAGACACAGCCCAAGGGCACUAUAUGGUGGUGGACACAAGCCCAAUUGCACUGCCUCAGGGCCAUGUGGCCUCCCUGACCUCAGAGGAGCACCAGCCUCUGGCUCAGCCCACCUGCCUGAGUUUUUGGUACCACCUAAGCCUCCACAACCCAGGCACUCUGCGAGUCCACGUGGAGGAGGGCAAGAGACGCCAGGUGUUCAGUGUUUAUGGCCACGGUGGGCUUGCCUGGCGCCUGGGCAGCGUGGAUGUGCAGGCUGGGCAGGCCUGGAGGGUGGUGUUUGAGGCCCUGGCUGCUGGCAUGGAACACUCCUACAUCGCACUGGACGACCUUUCCUUUCAGGAUGGGCCCUGUCCUCGGCAAGGGUCCUGUGACUUUGAAUCUGGCCUGUGUGGCUGGAGCCGCCUGGCCUGGCCUGGCCUGGGCAGGUACAGCUGGGACUGGAGUGGUGGAGACACCCCCUCCCGCUACCCACUGCCCACUGUGGACCAUACCCUAGGCACAGAAGCAGGCCACUUUGCCUUUUUCGAAACUAGUGUGCUGGGGCCAGGGGGUCAGGCGGCCUGGCUGCGCAGCGAGCCUCUGCCAGCCACCACUGCUUCCUGCCUCCGCUUCUGGUACCACAUGGGAUUUCCCGAGCACUUCUACAAGGGAGAGCUGAGGGUGCUCCUGAGCAGUGCCCAGGGCCAGCUGGCUGUGUGGGGCAAAGGUGGACACCUGCGGCACCAGUGGCUAGAAGUCCAGGUUGAGGUGACCAGCACCGAGGAGUUCCAGAUCGUGUUUGAAGCCACUCUGGGUGGUCAGCCAGCUUUGGGGCCCAUUGCUCUAGACGAUGUGGAGUACCUGGCCGGGCAGCAUUGCCAGCAGCCUGCACUCAGUCAGGGAGGCAUGACAGCAUCCAUGAUGGUGCCAGCCCUGGUUGGAGGGGCCCUCCUCUUCCUCAUACUCCUGGUGCUGCUGGGACUUGGGGGACGCCACUGGCUGCAGAAGGGAGGCUGCCCCUUCAGGAGUAACAAGGACGUGGCAGCACCUGGCUUUGACAACAUCCUCUUCAAUGCGGAUGGAGUCACCCUCCCAGCACCUGCCACCAGCAGCUCAUAGACCAUCCCAGACAAGGAUCUGGCCCCUGAAUGCACCUCGGACCUGGCCCCAGGCUGGAUCCACCUUCAUCCCCAGAUACCUGACCUCCCCUGAAGCUGGUUUUGGGGGCUCAGAGGACACAGAGCUUCCACAGCCCUCCCCUGUCCAGUCAUUGCCCACUUGUAUGGCACAGGGUGCUUGCUCCAUGAAUAAAUGCUCAGUCCUGAGGACUGCCCAAGUUUUCAAGCCGAGAUCAGUUAUCCAUGCAUUUCUGGCCACUGGGUGAGUAGCCCUCCUCAGGAUUCCAGGCCAGACCAAAGAGAGACCCCAGGAAAUAUGCUUGGGGCCAUACAGCUCAGGACCAAGGAUGACUCACUCUCUCCCAUGUGCCUCACAUGAGGCAGGCAGGGCCACAGACACAGGGCAGCCUUCAGGACCUGGAGCCACUGUUCAGAUCCAUCAGGUCCAAGGCCACAAGGGUCUGCAAGGGCCCCACCUGCUCUGCUCUCCAGCCUCUGCCUUGUGGGGAUGCGAGUCACCUGCAGCAGGGACACUGAGGGUGACAGCACACGGACAUGGUGACAUGCAGCUGGCUUGGUGGGCGCCUGGCAACCACAGCCCCCCACAGCUCCCCCAAGCCUACUAUACAAGCCCCCACCCCAAGAUAAAGGGCUGAGCAAUCCCAGGUUGAGGGGUGAAGCUGAGGACACCAGGGUUCCUAUGAUACUGGAGCAAGCUGCCUUUGGCCUUUGGACUAGAGAAGGGGACCCUGCAUGCAGGCGUGUGAACAGAUGUGACUGUGGUCCUAAGGAAGCUACAUUGACACCUCUGCCCCAGGGUGGUUCUGGGAGCUCUGGUCUUCCACCUCAGCUUGGCCCUGCUGCAAGGACUUGGGGUCUUGCAGGGUGUCCUCAGACAGGGCAGUGACACCCACACUGUGCUGUCAGGUACUGCCUUCCUGCCACUUCAGACACCACAUGCCCCAAGGAGCCAGAUGGGCUCUUGCCUGUCCCAGGGCUCAGCGAACAGAGACGCGAGCAGGGCACAGCCAGGCGUUGCCCUGUGUCCGCAGGCGCCAUAAGGUUGAUGGAUGCCCAGUCAAUGUCUGAGCAGAUGGGUACAAAGGGGAGAAAUAAAUCUUUAAACGUUGGGUCCCAAUGGGGUGUCUGUCAUGAAGCUCACCUGUGUGACACAAUCCCCCCCCACUGAAGCCCAGUUAGAAGAGCAGGCUGAAGGCCACAGGAAGGGCACAUGCCCAAGGACUCUUUAAAGCUAAAGCAGAGAGAGCAGCACAGAGGCUGUGCCCCGGCCCGUCCUCUGGACUCCCCAGGGCUCCCCAGAGCUCCACGCUGCGGC